CGGGCACAGCUCGACCGACUGACGAUGAGGCCAUCCGUACUUCCUCUGUGCGCUCUCCCUCGCGGAAACUAGUCAUUCACCCUGCAAGAGCUGGCUACCUAGGUACGGAGUACCCUCGGCCUUCUUCCACUGCCCGUCUGUCUGCUUUUUCGUAUAAUUCAUCUGCCCAAACCGCCCCUUCCUGAAAUUCCCAGAGGAAGACCUGGCGCAGCAUGGACGAGAAGACAGACCACGUCAAGUGAAGCACCAUCCCGUCCUUUCUCUUGCUUUUUCCUCGAGAAGGACAAAAAAACACACUCUUUUCCUCUCCUGUUCUUGCCGUGUCUUUCACUGCUGCUACGGCUCGCAAUCUGUUGUUGCAGGAGAGAGACAGAGCGAGAGAGAGAGAGACGACUGUCCUGAAGCCCAAGAGAUCGACUCGCCAUGGCUGACCGAGACAAUGGCGGCAAGCCGGGCGAACCGGCCGGCCAGAUGAGCCUCAAGGCACCGCAGCACAUCUCGAGGAAAGACGUGGCUCCCGUGGUUGCGGUGGUCGAGAACAGGUGGAACACCAAGAACCUCGGGCUCAGGUGGGCAGCAGACAUCGCGAGCGCCUCCUGCGCCGCCGGUCUCGUUGCGCCCCUGAUCUCCAUCAUCGACCGAUCCAUAAUGGAGAACGCGUCCGGCCGCGCCACCCUCCUCGACUCGGUCAAGUCCUCGCUGCGGCAGCUCGUGCUCCGCCCGCACACCAUGCUGCUCUCCAAGCCCGUCGCGCUCAUCUUCAUGGCCUACGGCGGCACCUACCUCUCCGCCAACACCGUCGACACCGUCUACUCGACCACGAGGGACAAGCCCGCCACCCUCGUCACCUCGGGCACCGCCAAGUUCGCCCUGUCCUCCGCCUCCAACAUCGGCCUGGGCGUCUACAAGGACCAGAUCUACGCCCGCAUGUUCGGCCCCGCCGGCGCCGCCGCCCGCGCCGUCCCCGCCGCCUCGUACGCCCUCUUCACCAUGCGCGACUGCCUGACCAUCUUCGCCAGCUUCAACAUGCCCAUGAUGCUGGGCCCGGCCGUCCACGCCGCCCUCGGCGAGUCCCUCUCGAGGCAGGUCAGCGGCCAGACCGUCGUGCAGUUCGUCGCCCCGGCCUUCGUCCAGAUCUUCUCCACCCCCGUGCACCUGCUCGGCCUGGACCUGUACAACCGGCCCCGCUGCGAGAGGUCCGGCCUGCCGAGCCCCGGCGAGCGCUGGGCCCAGGUCUACAAGAACUGGGGCGUCAGCGUCAUCGCCAGGCUGUGCCGUAUCAUCCCUGCCUACGGCAUUGGCGGCGUCGUCAACUCCAAGGUGCGCCGUAGCCUCAUGGAGAAGCUCUAACUCUGUUGUUUUCCCCCAUUCGGCACCCGGGAGAGUGUAGAUAUAUACUAGGCACUCUACUGUUGGAGGAUCGUUGAUGGUGUGCGUGAUGAUCCUUUCUUCAUAUUUGCACAAUAGGCGCAUGACUUUCGGCAUGGCGUUCCGGCACGGGACUUGUUUGUGUUUCACUUCUUUUUCCAUUCGAUACCCAUGGACAGAUGAUCUUUUCUCAUCUACAUGAUCUGUGCAAGUAUAGACCACUAGACGUUAGAUUAGAUGACGAUAGACAUGGAAAUGCAUCAGGGGCUCCUGGUAAGGGCGCCUGCGGGUUUAUGGUG